AUGGCACUGCGAUCUAUACUCGAUCCUUUAUUGCCCGGGCAAGAAACUGAUCCUAUGGACAGCAUCAACAGUAGCCCACCGCCAGAACAACAUCAUGAACCAUCGUCACCAGCACCUAACGACAGCCAUCCACCUCCUCCUCCUCCAUCAUCUCCUCCAGAGCCUCAGCCUUCUAGCAACAACGACCCUAAGAGUCCACCAUCGCCAGCACCAUCGUCCAACAACAACAACCAUGACACCAAUAGCAAUGGUCCAGACAAAACUGUGCCAACCGACCAUCCAUCCCCGGGUGCAGCAACAAGUCCUGCUGCUAAAGAUGAUACUCCUACUAAAAGUAAGGAUGAGAAAAAACCCACACCAGCUGUAUCUACCACUACUACAUCUCCUUCAUCAUCCAACCAUAAUCAUUCAAAACAUCAUCAUGACCCAACAACUCCUUCAUCCUCCUCCAAAGAUCAUAAUAACAACAGCAACAGCUCUGCUGCUGCUGCCACUGCUCCUCCUUCGGGCCAGCCAACCGAAAAAGCGGCUCAUCAUCCUCCGAACAGCAAGACUGUCACCACGUCAAGUGCAACUAAAGUGAUCGCCGUCAGCACUUCUGCCGAUGGAAGUGUGCAUACCUAUACAUCCACGUCAUAUACGCCUUACUCGACUGUCAUAGCUGACUCGGGCAACGACAAAGGCGAUGGUGGUAAUAGUUCUGCGUCUGCAAUUGCGGGAGGUGUUAUUGGAGCGACAGUAUUGGCUGCAUUGCUUGGCGCACUAGCAUUUAUCUGUAUGCGACGGAAACGACAAAGACGACAGCAAGCCUUCGCGGCAAAGGGCGACAGCACCGAUCAUACCGACGCAGAUGAACUCAUGUACUACCGAUCGCCUGCAACGACUGCCACGACUGCAACUGUGCCACCGCAACAAGAUCCUGUAGCCAUGGCCGAGCAACAGCAUGGCAUCAAUAGCACACCACCCAUGGCCGUCAUGAACAGCUUGCCACCUCCACCAGCGAACAACGGGGUAUCUCCUGCACGACCCUUUAUCGCGCCUUACGCUACUACGACUCCAGCAGCCUAUUCUGAGGACGGAAGCGAAUAUGGUUCUGCCUACAUGCCUCCAGUGAGUAGUGGAGGCCAACAAGGAGCGUCUACUGGUAACUACCAUCAAGCAUCACAAUCGGCUGGCUACUAUUAUCCGACCCAACAAGCCGAUCUCAAUGCAGGCUAUGCGCCAACAACAACCCAUGAUGGUCGGAUGUUGACAGCAGCUUAUAUGGAGCCAGGUCAACAGCAACAACAACAACAGCAGCAGCAAACAACCGUUUAUCGUACCCCCUCGCAUGCUGGUCAACAAUACCAUUAUCAGCAAGAACAACAACCACAGCAGCAGCCGAUGUAUAUGCCUCAACAUGAAGUUGAUUACAGUUAUUAUCAACAACAACAACCAAUGCAACAGCACCAUCCUCCUCCUGUUGGCUAUGCUACCGAUGGAUACUACUCACCGCAGAUUGUGCAAAUGGAUGUACCUCACACUAAAGAUUAAACUGGCUUUCU